AAUCCGAUUCCGCCUCAGACGACCAUUCACGCCGACGCCGCCACGGGGGAGGCAUUAAAGUCACUCGCGUCGACUACACCCCCCCUGGAUACGAUGGGCGACCUCGAGAAGGAGUCGAGUCUGCGCGACUUCGAGGCCGCCGAGGACGGCGGCUGCCUCGCGCCCGGGCGCUUCCGCAUGAGCGACUACCUCUCGGAGCUCGUGGGCGCGCAGGAGGUGACGAAGGACGAGGCCUACGACACGGCCGUCGCCGCGGUGCGGGGCCACGCGUCCGUCGUCCAGGCGUUGGCCAAGUCCGUCGCGGCGCGGACCAAGGCCGUCGUCGCGCUCGAGAAGUCGGCGGCGCCCGUGAAGGCGGGCGCCGCGGCCAUGGAGCCGGCCCUCGUCGACGCCCUCGCGGCCUGGGCCGCGCCGAGCGAGGACCCCGCGGAGCCGCCGCCGACCGCGGCCGUCGAGGAGGCGUCGCGCGCGCUCGUGGGCGGCCUCCUCAACUACGCGACGGACCUGCACAAGCUCAAGGCCAAGGUCGCCAAGGCGCGGACCAAGCAGCGCGAGAACAUGGACCACUACGCGUCCAAGGUGCCCCGGCUCACGCGCGCCGUCGAGGCGGCGAAGCGGGAGAAGGCGCGCCGCGAGGCGCGCGCCGAGGCCGCCGCGGCCAAGGCCAAGGCCGAGGGCACGCCCGUCCCCGCGACGUGCCACGCCUUCUACGAGUCGAGCGACGCGGACCAGGUCAAGGCUCUCGCCGACGCGGAGGACCGCCUCCGCCGCAACGAGAAGAAGCUCGAGGGCGCCAAAGGCGACUACGCGGCGACGAACGCGGCGGCCAUCGCCGCGCUGACGUCCGCCGUCGCCGACUCGACGCCGGAGACGGUCCCGAUCCUCAAGGACCUGCUCACCUACGAGGCCGACAUCAUCACGGCCAUGCUCGCGUACGAGUCGCGCCUCGACGCCGCCGCCGCCGCGCUCCCGGAGUCCGAGGAGCCCGCGCGCGCCGAGCCCCCGGCGAAGCCGGACGCGGAGCCCGAGGCCGAAGAGGAGGAGACCAAGGAGGAGACCAAGACCGAGGGCGCGUGAAGGAACCGCGACGCCCGCCCGGCGCGCGCGCCGCGCCGCCGGCUUCGCGAGGCCCGGACCCCUCCCAAGAAACGUAACGCCUCGCGUACGC